GAUGGUCUUCUCUCUUUCUUGUGAUUCCGAACGGUUACCUUCCCUGCAAUGCAAGCACUGAAUUCGUUUCCUACUUAAAGCGCCACUACUAACUUCUCUUCUCCCACGCAAACCGCAUAAUCAUUUUCAUUUCCUCUCAGUCUCACUCAUCAUCGCAACAAUGUCUCGUCGCAGCGGUGCCUCUAAGCAAUCUCAACCGUCUCCGGUGCCGUCGCAUGCCGGGAGAGGACGCGGCCGCGGACAAAAUCCUACCGUCGCCGCCGCCGCCGCCGCUCCUCCUCCUCCUCCAUCACCGAAUGCGCCAGCGGUAACCGCGCCUCCUCCGCCUCGCUCCGCCGCGGCACCUUCUCCGGUGAAUGCUCCACCGUCGACGGCUCCUGCUACUGCCGCGUCAUCGUCCACGGCGGUGGAGUCGCUGAGUUCCGUGGUGGAGAAGCAGCUGACUCUGGCGGCGCCGUCGUCGGCGAGGGCUUACCGGAUCCCUGACCGGCCGGGCUACGGCAAAGCGGGACGGAGAAUUCAAGUUCGUGCGAAUCACUUUCAAGUUCAAGUCGCUGAGCGGGAUCUUUAUCAUUAUGAUGUAUCCUUCAAACCUGAGAUCAUCUCCAAGUACGUGUGCAGGAAGGUUAUUAGUUUACUGAUUCAAAUGCACCGGGAGUCUAUGUUGGGAAAUAGCAUACCAGCGUAUGAUGGGCGAAAGAGUCUAUUUUCUGCAGGACCCUUUCCUUUCGAGUCCAAGGAUUUUAUGAUCAAGUUGGAAGACGACGAUGAAAGUGGCUCUUCCACUGCUCCUGCUAAGACAAAGCGCGUCCGUGAGUACAAAGUUACAAUCCGGUUUGCCUCCAAGACCGACGUUCAUCACCUUAACCAGUUUCUCAAGAGACGUCAGCUCGACUGUCCAUAUGAAACUAUUCAAGCUCUGGACGUUGUUCUGCGGGCAACUCCAACCGAAAUGUACAAUGUGGUGGGGAGGUUGUUUUACCACCCUUCUUUGGGGCGAACUGGUACUCUAGGCAGUGGUACAGAGUACUGGAGAGGAUAUUACCAAAGUCUCCGCCCAACCCAAAUGGGGCUGUCUCUAAAUAUUGAUGUGUCCGCGAAUGCAUAUUAUGAGCCGAUUCCUGUGAUUCAUUUCAUUAACAAGCAUUUUAAUUUUGAUAUUAGAAGGCCUUUGUCGGAUCAAGCCCGUGUUAAGAUAAGGAAAUCUUUGAAAGGAGUCAGGGUAGAAUGUAAUCAUGGUCAGAAUAUUAGACGGUAUAGAGUUGCCGGCGUCACCAAAGAAUCACUCAAAGACUUAACGUUUCUUGAUGGCAAUGGAACAAAAAAAUCUGUUGUCGAAUACUUCCACGAGCAAUACAAUAUUAUGUUUCAGUAUUUGAGUCUUCCUGCUCUGCAAGCUGGCAGUGACACUAAACCAAUUUAUUUGCCUAUGGAGGUUUGUCAUAUUGUGGCUGGGCAGAGAUACACCAAGAGAUUGAAUGAGGAGCAGGUAUCUGCUCUUUUAAAGGCAACCUGUCAACGACCUCGUGAGAGGGAGAACAAUAUCAAGCAGGUUGUGAGGCAGAGCAAUUUCAAUGCUGACCAAAUUGUGCGUCAAUUUGGAAUUCAAGUGAGGGGGGAUCCUGCAUUGAUUGAUGCUCGUGUUUUGACACCUCCAAUGCUUUUAUAUCAUCAAAGUGGCAAAGAAUCUCGUGUUGAACCCAGGAUGGGUCAGUGGAAUAUGAUCGAUAAGAAAAUGAUAAAAGGUGGUAAUGUGCAAUAUUGGACUUGCCUUAACUUGUCAAUGAAUAUCAGUGAUGACAUGGCCGGUAAAUUUUGUGAUCAACUGGCUGUGAUGUGCACAACCAAGGGAAUGCAAUUCAAUCGGACGCCUUUACUGCGUGUAACCCAUGGUCAACCUAAUCAGGUUGAGAAUGUACUUGUGAAUUUGAAUAAGCAGUGUAUGUCAAAAUUAGCCAACACAAACGGGAGACUCCAAUUGUUGAUAAUAAUUUUACCUGAUGUAAAGGGGUCUUAUGGAAAAAUAAAGCGUAUUUGUGAAACUGAACUAGGAAUAGUAUCUCAGUGUUGUCAGCCAAGACAAAUUGUAAAGUCGUCGAACAAACAAUAUCUUGAAAAUGUGGCCCUCAAGAUAAAUGUUAAGGUUGGUGGUAGUAACACAGUGCUGAAUGAUGCAAUUGCAAAGCAAAUCCCUCACGUGUCUGAUAAAGCAACAUUGAUCUUGGGUGCGGAUGUAACACAUCCACAGCCAGGGGAAGACUCUAGCCCUUCUAUUGCUGCAGUUGUGGGAUGCAUGGAUUGGCCUUUUGUUACCAAGUACAGAGGAGUUGUUUCUGCCCAGCCACAUCGGGAGGAAAUCAUUCAAGAUCUUUUUAAAUCAUAUCAUGAUCCGAAUAGGGGAGCUGUGUAUUCAGGAAUAAUCAGGGAUUUACUUAUGGCAUUUCGACGUUCAACUAACAUGAAGCCAGACAGGAUUAUAUUCUACAGAGAUGGCGUAAGCGAGGGCCAAUUUAGUCAGGUUUUGCUUCAUGAGAUGGAUGCUAUUAGAAAGGCUUGUGGUUCACUUCAGGCGGAGUAUUUCCCUCCUGUUACUUUUGUGGUUGUCCAGAAAAGACACCACACACGCUUGUUUCCUUUUGAACACGAACGUCGUGAUCAGACAGACAGAAGUGGAAAUAUAAUGCCAGGGACGGUUGUUGACACAUCCAUUUGCCACCCUCGGGAGUUUGAUUUUUACCUCAAUAGUCAUGCUGGAAUUCAAGGAACUAGUCGUCCGACUCAUUAUCACGUGUUGUAUGAUGAAAAUAAUUUCACCGCAGAUGAGUUGCAGAAUUUUACAAAUAGUUUAUGUUAUACCUACGCAAGAUGCACCCGAUCAGUUUCAAUAGUUCCUCCCGCGUACUACGCGCACUUGGCUGCAUUUCGUGCACGUUACUAUAUAGAAGGCCAAUUAUCCGACGCCGAUUCAUCAACUGAAACUGGAGGUAGAAGAGCAAACUUUCAGGUUGUAUUGCCAUCUGUCAAGGACAACGUGGCAGAUGUUAUGUUUUUCUGCUGAAUGCAUGCGGAAGCGGAAGCAGCUUUUGCUUAUCAAGAAACAUGCUUUUUUGAUGUAGAAUCCAUGGUGUUAUUCAGCAUCUGAUCCGCAUCUUUUUUUGGGCCUAUAGUCAUUUUGCUAUUUUAAUUUUGUCUUACACCAAAGUACUGUUUGCUCUUGGUCCAAAUAUUGUCCUCGUUGCUACAGCAAUUUGAUGCAACUUUUGCUGCUUGGAUUAUGGAUGUGAGUUUAAUCUGAGUAGAUAGUUCACAAAUGUGUAUCAAAUGAGAAAUGGAACUCUUCUACAUGUCUACUUAACAGUUACUAUUCUCCUAGUUACCAAUCAAUGAAAUACUUAUUAAUAGUA